UAGUUUGCGCGCUCGCGCGCAAGUGAGUGAUACCCGCUGUGUGUGUGGGGGUGUCGGCUGUCACCCGUCUCGGGUGCACGCGCGUUGUGUCGGACUCUCGCUGGAAGUUUGUAAGUCUCGAGCGCACCACGGAAUUAACGGCAGCGGCACGAGCGCAUUAAGCUGCGCGGGACCGCGAGCGGAUUGUCCAUUAUGUACCGUGAACGUUAACAUGGCACUGAACAGGUCGACCACGACGGAGAACUGGAACGGGGCUCCAGAGCGCACGCGCGUCUCCGGCGUAAGGAGCGAGUCCUUUUCAAUGCAAAGUGAGAAACUCCGCUGUCUUGCCCGUGAAAUAUCUGAACUUGGCCAGCAGGGCACUCCCAGCAACGGGCAUGAAGCCAAUGACAUUGCCGAAGACACGGAAGAACCAGGACCUGGGCCAGGAGGAGGGCUGUGUUUUGCUGAUGGCCGGAGAAGAGUGGACUACGUACUUGUCUAUCAUUGCAAGAGACGACAGUCACAACAUAGACCCUCUGUUGUUUCUAAUGGUAACGUGCCAUCUCAAAGCCCCACCCCCUCACGCAGGAGUACAAAAGAGGAUAUUACAGAAGCAGUGCUGGAGGCGGGCUUAGGGACGGGAACUGAUGAUGGACUGAAAGAUAAAAUCAGGGAGGAAUUUGAGAGAGGACUUCAAGAAGAAGGCUUGGAGAUUGAACGCGACAAAGAGGUGAGAACAGUCAGGUUUACCCGCCUGCACGUUCCCUGGUCUGUUCUCAGUCGUGAAGCAGAACUUCUAAAGAUCAGAGUCCCGACUAAAAAGACGUAUCGGUUGAAAGAAAAAACGGGGCUUGGGGGGAUUAUAAGCUCAUUUUGGGCAAAGAUCAAUCAGCCGUUCCAGCCAGGCGUAGCGGAUCCCCAAAACCCACGCGUACGUGUCCUAUCACAACCGUUCAGAAGAGACAAGCUACACCUAUUUGAUAUAAAGUCCAAAAGCGGCUUGUUCAGCAAUGCAAUAAGAGGUCGAAUUGUUUAUGAAAUUCUAAGGCGAACAGCUUGUACACAGUCCUGUCAAACUAUGGGUAUUCCAUCAUUGUUAGCUAAAGGGGUCUAUGAUGCUGCCUUCCCUCUACAUGAUGGAGACUUUGACAGCUCACAAGAUAAAGAGCAUCCCAAUGACAGACAGAUGUUGCAUGAGGAGUGGGCCAAUUAUGGUGUUUUCUUCAAAUACCAACCAAUGGACCUUAUCAGGAAGUACUUUGGGGAAAAAAUUGGCUUGUAUUUUGCCUGGUUGGGUGUUUACACACAGCUGCUAAUUCCAGCUUCGGCUUUAGGAGUCGCAGUAUUUCUGUAUGGAUGCUUUACCGUAGACACCAAUGUGCCCAGUCAAGAGAUGUGUGACGAGCGUCUUAAUUUCACCAUGUGUCCGCUGUGUGAUCGUGUGUGUGAUUACUGGCAGCUCAGCAGUAUCUGCAGUACGGCGCGUGUCAGCUAUCUCUUUGACAAUCACGCUACUGUCGCCUUUGCCAUUUUUAUGUCCCUAUGGGCGGCUGUGUUUCUAGAACAUUGGAAGAGGAAGCAGCGUUGUUUACAACACAGCUGGGAUUUGACAGGCAUGGAAGACGAAAAGAAUGAGCUACGGCCGGCAUAUGAAGACUUUCUUCUUAAGAAGCAACAGAAGAAAGCAAAGAAUAAGAAGAAGGAUGAGCCGGAUACAGGAACAGAUGACAAAGGAAGAGAGAAGCUCCUGUCUGCAAAAGGAGGGCAGUCACCGUUUGUAACUGAGUCUCUGUCAUGGAAGGACCGCCUGCCUGGGUUCUGCAUGAACAUAUCCUCCAUCCUUCUUAUGAUUGGGGUCACAUUUUCUGCCGUCUCUGGAGUGAUUCUGUACCGAAUCAUCGUUUUCGCUGUUAUGUCAAUGAACCCUGACCAUGAAGCCAAGGCCAAUGUGCGUGUUACCGUGACAACCACAGCUGUCAUCAUCAACUUGCUGGUGGUAUUGGUACUGGAUGAGAUCUAUGGAGCCAUAGCAGCCUGGAUUACUGAGCUUGAGAUUCCAAAGACAGAAUCAACAUUUGAGGAGCAUGUGAUCUUAAAGGCUUUUUUACUGAAGAGCAUGAAUGCAUUUGCACCUGUUUUCUAUGUGGCAUUCUUUAAGGGCAGGUUUGCUGGUCGUCCGGGUGAUUAUGUUUAUGUCUUUAAGGAUUUCCGAAUGGAGGAGUGUUCUCCGGGUGGAUGUCUUAUUGAAGUGUGUAUUCAGCUGGGCAUCAUUAUGCUGGGGAAGCAGCUUAUACAGAAUAACGUGUUCGAAAUUGCCAUUCCGAAACUGAAGAAGAUGUAUCGCAUAUAUAAAGAGGAGAAAGAGGGAGCGGCAGAUGAGGAGGACAAAGAUUCAAAGCGAGAACCACAGCGCUGGGAUUUGGAUUACGACCUGGAGCCUUAUGAGGGGUUGAGCCCAGAAUAUAUGGAGAUGGUUAUUCAGUAUGGAUUUGUCACGCUCUUCGUGGCUUCCUUCCCGCUGGCACCGGUCUUUGCUCUGCUUAAUAACGUCAUUGAAAUCCGUCUUGAUGCGGCAAAAUUUGUCUCAGAAAUACGUCGACCUGACGCUGUCAGUGCCAAAGAGAUUGGCAUAUGGUACAACAUCUUGAGUGGAAUCAGCAAGUUUGCAGUCAUUACAAAUGCAUUUGUGAUCUCCUUUACAUCAGAGUUUAUUCCUCGGAUGGUAUAUCAGUAUUUGUACAGUGAGACGGGCACCAUGCAUGGUUUUACCAACCAUACACUGGCUUAUUUUAACACAAGCAACUUUAAACCCGGUACCGCGCCGCAUGAAACAAACUUUGACCGCCAACUCCGCAUUUGCAGGUACAAAGACUAUCGAGAUCCCCCUUGGUCUCCGGAGUCUUAUCAACUCUCGAAGCAAUACUGGUCUGUGCUUGCUGCACGCCUGGCGUUUGUGAUUUUUUUCCAGAAUUUGGCCAUGUUCCUCAGUAUGCUGGUGGCAUGGUUGAUCCCAGACGUGCCUCACUCUUUGAAGGAACAGCUGAAGUUAGAGAAUGCUCUCCUGUUAGACCUUCUGCUCACUGAGGAGAUGGACAAGAAGUCGACUGCCAACAUUGAUACAGCUGUCAAAGGUUCAAAUGAGGAACCACCAGAUGAGCCACCUGUCUGCAGUGGGAUAGUAAUAACCCAAUCAGAUGAAGAGCUAAAAGAGCUUCAGGUGCCCAACAGAGAGGAGCCAAAGAAACCACACACAGAGCAACCUAUAGCGUCCACCAGUGAUCAACAUAAUGAUAACCUUUCAUCUACACAUGACGCUCUCGAUGCAGCCGAAGAAUCUCAGACAGAAAUACCUUGUAAUGAAACUACAACUGCAGAUCUUCGAUCAGAAUGUUCAAAUUAUCCAAAAACAGCCUCGCUAUCACGUUACCAAGAGUUUGACUUGAACGGACCUUUACCCCGAGACCCAAGUACCAAGUCUAAGACCCGAUGCCGAACCCUCCCUUCAAGGCAAAGAGAAUCUGAAGAAGUUACUAUUACUCAACCCAAGCACUCCACCACAUAUACACACUUUGACCAGAAGGUUCCUCCAUCUCUCGGUGAGCCCGUCUCCCAAAUCGAACCCUCUGGGAGCCAAAUGUCUGUGCCGUUACGCCUCCAACCUAAAACCGAUAACACCAGUAGUGAACUAGCAUCAUUGCCCCGCCCAGAACUCACAAGCAGCCAUUCAACAUCACCUCCUCAUCCAUUAUCCAGAACAGAGUUUGCAGGCGAUCUUUCGAAAGUCUUGCCACGUCCACCUUCUAAACCAGAGCUUGUGGGCAGCCAGUCAACAGGAUUACCACGGCCUCCCUCCAAACCAGAGCUGAUGGGAAGCACGACGAAAGGACAUCCCUGUGACCCAGGCUCCAAAGCCAAGGGGCGGUGUCAGACUCUUCCUCCGAAAUACAGAGGCUCUGAGACUGCAGUGGUGACACCAGCCAGACCAAGCCACUCCAUCACCUUCACACAUCUCAAUGAACAGAUUCCCCCUACACCCAGCGAGCUCAAGCGUAAUCCUCCCGUAUGAGUGUGACAAGUGGAGAAACGCUCUACGUCUUUAGCACCUUGUAUCCAACACUAUCAGUGCCAGGCAACCCAUGCCAUCAAUUUGAUGACUGAAUUGAGAUGGCUUGGAAAAGGUUCUUACUAAUCCUCGCAGGGGAACCUCUUUGCAUGAAAUCAUUAUCUUAACACUUUAUGGGCGGAUCAUGCGCAGCCAGGUUUAUCCUGUGCAUGUUAUGUAAUUUGUCUGGAGCCGAGUGACUCUCAAACAUUGUCUUAUACUGUGACUUGCCAUUCUGUGUUUCACACACAAAUACCUGUACACACACACACACACACACACACACACACACACACCAAAUCUCAUUAACCUAACCUCUUGAACCAGAACGGAGAGAGGGUUGGGAAUGUGGGCCAAAGGGCUUUGCAGUCCAUAAGAUUUAUUACUCAGCAAGUAGAAGCUUCAUUUUGUGGUGUUGUUCGCUCAUGCAUUUUGCUCUGUGUAUGAUAGCUAAAUGUGACCUUGUUAACACAAUACGUCACCUUCAAAAUCAAAAAAGGUUGUUCGUGAAAUUGUCUGUUUGUCUUCGGUGGCAACAAAUAUGUUCGUGUCUCAUCCACAUGGCAAGUUAGCAUGUAUGUUGCUGAUUAGCAAGUGCAUUUCAUAAAAAAAUGUUGUUGUUGUUUAAGUGGAUUCAUAUGACAUGCAAAGCCAAUUACUUAUUGAUACGACAUUAGUUGCUUACAAUUCUGAUGAAGGCUAUACUGUAGUAUUUAACAUUAUGCUAGUACAACUUAAGUUGAUGAAUAGCAUGUUAUAUUCACUGUGAAUACUUUUCCAGAGAUUAAGAUAGACCCAAUCAUUUAGAAAUCACCAACAUCCACACUAAUGAAGGACAAAAAAAGAUACGAACUGGGCAUGUACACACUGAACAGAUUUAGAAAUUACACAUCCAUAUAUGCAAGAUGAGUCAUUAAAGCCACAAUAAGUAGGAUUUUCGCCACUAGUGGUCGCUACUGACAAUAACAAAGGCUAAGCUUAACCAUAGGUUCACACCAGCCGCGUUUGAGGCGUCAAAUUCGCGUCUACCACGUUUAGUUUGCCGCUUUAAUAAUUUGAGUUUACUCGCUUCAUUCUAAAUGGGAGGGACUUCUGCGACUCCGCUCGCUCUCUGUAAUCACGUCACUACUAGAGUAAGCUCCUGAUUGGUUAACGUAGCAUGUUUUUCCGCCAAAACUCAAUUCGGGCAAACUAAACACGCGAAUGAGGCGAAAUCGCGUCUACCGCGCAGCGCUACAUGCCUCAUUUGCGGCGCGAGACCUCCAGGCGCGCGUCAACGCGUCUUUACAUUGACUUUACAUUGACAUUGAAAUCACUCGCGCUUGAUGCCUCUACCGCGGCUGGUCUAAACACAGCAUAAUGAUUUUUUCAUGGAAUGUGGAAUGAUGGGAGAUUGCUUUCACCAUCCAGAGACCACCAUGGAUGAGGUAAUGAAUGAAUGUUUUUACAUUUACAUUUAGUCACAUUAUUCUAUGCCAUUGUAGUAAAUUACCUGCAAGGCACAACAGUUGCUUGUUAGUUAGACGCUGUAUAACCGCCACUUCUGCAUUUGUCGUCUGUUUCUACAACCGGAAACUGAGGAUAAAGUGGAUAUUAAGUCACUAAAAGGCCGACAAUUACAAGGGAGACAAGGGAAAAGCCAUUGUUUUAAAUAUGAAUUUAUCAAAGUUUCUUGGGAACGUUUAAGAUAAUGUAAGUACGCAACUCCAUAAAAUAUAUUCAAUUCAAUUUUAUUUAUAUAACCCUUUUCCCAAUUGUUUAAUUGUUUCAAAGCAGCUUUACAUUAAUAGAUGCAGGAGAAAACAGAAAAAUCGAUGGAAAACAUAAGCAACAUAACAGCGGCUAAGAUUAAACCAUACUAGCGAGCGAAGUAAUAAUGUAACGUAUAGUAGAGGGUGCUAAGUUAAGCCAAUGUCAGCUGACUCCCCAGGGGUUGAAAAAACCUAGGAGAAAAAAA